AUGGCUCUACUCCUCCAUUCUCUCAUUGCCGCUGGACAAGACAGUGUCAAAAUGGUGUGCACGGACUUGCUGGUUCGUCGUGUCCACCCAAUACUGGCUGCAUAUGUCACCGACUUCCCUGAGCAGUGUUUGGUCUCUUGCUGUAAGGAAAAUUGUUGUCCCAAGUGUCUAGUAGCAGCGAAUGAGCGAGGGGACAGAUUCGACUCAAUGAUGCGCGAUCCUGAGUCAACAAAAGAUAUUCUGGAAAGGCGCAAGAACGGUCAGCAUCCGCCUGAAUUUGAGGAGAAUGGUCUAUGUGCCAUUUAUAAACCAUUCUGGGCUGAUAUGCCUCACGCCAACAUUUUUCUGGCUUUCACCCUGGAUCUUUUGCAUCAACUCCAUAAAGGAGUGUUUAAGGAUCACCUCGUGAUCCCGGAUUACCCAGGACGUCACUUCAAGAAAGGGAUCUUGACUCUGCGAAUUCACACGACGGACACGCUCAAAGCCCUACAAACUGUGUUGGGAGUGUUUCACACUAAUAAAGAUGUGCUGAAGGAACUUGCCAUUCGAGAACAUUUCAAUAUACCAAAGCUACAUCAACUCAUGCAUUAUGUCCAGUCAAUCACAUUGUUCGGCACAGCUGAUGGCUUUAACACAGAGCUUCCUGAGCACUUGCACAUUUAUUUUGCAAAGGACGCUUACCGCGCUAGCAACAAACAUGACCAUGAAGAACAGAUGAUGUUGUGGCUUCAGCACCAGGAAGCAGUGUUCUUGCGUGGCACAUACCUGGAUUGGUUAUCGCAACAGCCUCUCUUGGCAGACUCAGAGUUGGAUUCUGAGUCAGAAGAAACAGUGGCCACAUCCUCAACGAGCCUUCAAGUAACCCAUAUCCUUGCAAAGGCUCCGGCAUAUCCUCACCAGACAAUUGAAAAGCUUGCGACAGCACAUGGUGCUGUCGAUUUUCUCCCCGCUCUGCAAACAUUCCUACACAAGAACCUCCCGCACACCACCAUCGUACCUGGUGUUCAAGACUGGUUUGAUGUUUAUCGUCAAGUGGUCAUCGUGUCGCCGCCUGAUCGACGGGUUGGUGAAGGACCAAAACAGUGGCACAUUAGAGCAAGGCCAGAAGUGGUAGUGUCGGGCCGCAAGCCUGUUUGCGCUGCUUGA